ACGUAUUAUUUUCCUAAUAAAUAUGGAAUAAUAUAAUACCUACCAAAUUAAAAAAGCCAACCCAUAUUUGAUUUAGAAAUAUACACUCAUUUGCAUAAUGCUUAAACUGGUGAACCCAAGUUUACCGUGAACGCAUGCGUAGUGGUUGUCCUAUAGUCAAGACUUAGCAAAACAAUUUCAUAACUAACGUACUGCGCUUGAGUGUCGUUGCACAGUUUUAUGUUCAUUGCCUCAGUAAUCGUGGUUACACAGAGAGAGCCUAAAGAGAAUAUGACACUUGAAAAACUCAGGAAAGAAGAAACUCUCGCUAUGAGAGAGAAAUUAAUCGGGCAGUCAUGUAGACUAUUCUAUUCAGAUGACCCUGUGAAAAUAGUGAAAGCAAGAGGCCAGUAUCUAUUCGAUGAAAAUGGCAAGCGCUUUCUGGACUGCAUCAGCAACGUUCACCAUGGUAAAACAUUGUGGGCCACUGUCACCCCAGUAUUACAAAAGCUGCAGCAGCACAAAUGGACCUCCUGAACACAAAUGCACGAUUCCUGCACGACAACAUAGUGAUGUAUGCAGAGCGCCUGGCUGCCACCCUGCCUGAGAAACUGUGUGUCUUCUACUUUGUUAACUCUGGUUCAGAGGCCAAUGAUCUUGCCCUACGCUUGGCACAGCAGUAUACUCAACAUGAGGACGUAAUUGUGCUUGACCAUGCAUACCAUGGGCAUCUAAUGUCCCUCAUCGACAUUAGUCCUUACAAGUUCCGGAAGCUGGCAGGCCAGAAAGAAUGGGUUCAUGUGGCACCCUUACCAGACACCUACAGAGGCAUAUACAGAGAGGAUCACCCCAACCCCGGUGAAGCAUACGCUGAUACAGUAAAAGACCUAAUAGAGGAAGUGCACAGGAAAGGCCGUAAGAUCUCUGCCUUCUUUGCGGAAUCAUUGCCAAGUGUUGGAGGACAAAUAAUCUUGCCUCAAGGAUACUCGACUAAUGUUGCAGAAUAUGUGCGCUCAGCUGGUGGAGUGUUUGUGGCAGACGAGGUGCAGACAGGCUUUGGACGUGUGGGAAGUCACUUCUGGGCUUUCCAGCUGCAGGGGGAGGGUUUUUGUCCCGACAUAGUGACCAUGGGUAAACCGAUGGGCAAUGGGCAUCCCCUGGCAUGUGUGGCAACCACUGUGGAGAUAGCUGGAGCUUUCACAGCCAACAGAGUGGAGUACUUCAAUACGUUCGGAGGGAAUCCAGUGUCCUGUGCAAUAGGCCUUGCAGUACUUGAUGUGAUAGAGAAAGAGGACUUAAGAGGAAACGCCACCAGGGUGGGAGCACAUCUUAAAGAUCUGCUCUCACAGCUACAGACACGACAUCAAAUAAUUGGCGAUGUCAGAGGUGUGGGACUGUUUGUGGGUCUUGAGCUGGUUACAGACAGAGAGCAGAAGACUCCUGCUACAGAAGCAGCAGCAUUGGUGGUGAAGAGGUUAAAAGAGGAUGAUAACAUCUGUGUCAGUACAGAUGGCCCCUGGGAAAACGUUGUAAAGUUUAAACCGCCUAUGUGUUUCACUAUGGAGGACGCUGAACUGGCAGUUAAAAGUAUUGACCGCAUCCUCAUAGACAUGGAAGCCAGUGACAUUUAAACUGGAAAAGGAAGACAUCUAUGGUGUUCAGUGACAUUAUAAAAAGGAAUCACUUUAGUAGAAUGAGAGGAACCCCAGCCAAUCGGAGGUCAACACAUUCAAAGUGAUACCAGCUCAGCAUCACCUGAAUCUUCCCAUAAAGAUUUUUGUUAUAUCAAGAAACUAAUAAACAGUAAGCAUUU